AUGUCAGCGACAAAUUCCGCUCCUCCAUGCCAGAUUUCCGCUUUGAAUGGAUUGCUUACGAGUCCAUUUUUAGCCGAUUGCUCAACCGCAUCGGGGUAUUCGUUCACGACUCUCCCAAUCCCAACGGAUGACCAAGUCGAUCUCAUGUGUGAUUCAACGCCCUGUUUGAAUCUGCUACAGGCUGCUCAAGCGCUGAACAUUCCUGAAUGCACUCUCUCCUCGGGUAUUCUUCUUCAAAGAAACCUUCUUCAAUAUGUACAAACGGAAUGUAGCGAUUCCAACGACGAUGCUCGACAGAACACUGCUAACCCUGUCAGUAGUAAUAACAAUUCUACCCAGGGUGGGAACAGUACAGCUAUACCUGUCGCGAACAACUCAACUACGCCGAUUGGAAACAACAGCUCAACGGCUGACCAAACCACAUUAUUGCCACCCAGCAACUCCACGACUCCUGCACCCGUCAAUACUCCUACAACUGAUGUGACAACUGACACAGAUGAUUCGACACCGACACCUGAAGAUACUCCUGCUACAACUGAAACCUCGGCGGGCUCUCGAGCUGCUGCAUCGCCUGUUGCCCGGGCGCUGGGUGUGAUGUCGCUUGGUGCUAUGGCUGUCGUGACCUACUUUAUGUAG